CAUAUUCCCAUUUCAAUAGACAGAAACGAAUGAAAUGAAUGAAAUGUCACGAUUUUCUUUAUUUCUUGAGUGAUUUACGGGUUUUUAUAAGUGGUUUUAGUAUCAUUUUAGACUUUUAUGGCUAGGUUUAGCGAGACGACGGUAUAAUUAUAAUUGUAUGUGUUGUUAUUGGCUCGCUUAGCCAAUGAAAAAAAGCCACGGCUCAUUUGUACAGAUUUAAGGCAUUUAACAAACACCUCGGUAUGGACUAUGAGGAAAAGGCCAGUUCUGUGGCGGAUCGUCUUUUAAGCUACAGGAGAGACGAGUCCGGAUGGAAAAUAUGUAAGAAAUCGAAUGAUGUCGUUGUUUCUUGGCGACCUUCAUCUGAAUUCCCUGGAAAUUUAUAUAAGGGGGAGGGGAUAGUCAAUGGCAGUCCACAGAAAGUCUGGGAGUGUUUGAAACCAGUUCCAAAUGGGCUUCGUCUCAAAUGGGAUAACAACGUAAAGAAGUUUGAGCUCCUUGAACAAGUUUCUGCAGACGUCACAGUAUGCAGAACUGUCACAUCUUCUGCUGCUAUGGGUGUUAUAUCGCCACGAGACUUUGUAGAUGUUAUUUUAGUCAAGCAAUAUGAAGAUGGCACGAUUACAUCAAAUGCAACUCAUGUGAGCCAUCCAGCUUGUCCUCUCCAGCCUGGCUAUGUGCGUGGCUAUAAUCAUGCUUGCGGCUGCAUCUGUGUGCCAGUACCAGGGGAAGCUGGUAAAACCCAGCUCAUCAGCUUCUUCCAGACUGAUCUUGGAGGUUUGCUUCCUCGUUCUGUCGUGGAUUCAUUCUUCCCUGGCAAUAUGACUGAGUUUUACACAAACCUCACUAAAGCUGUUAAAUCUCUCAAAUAGCACUAAAAGCACUUUUAUACACACACACACACACACACACACACACAC